AACGCAUGUUUGGAAGCCAAGCAGCAGUUCCACAUGGUUAAACUUAAACAGUUAGUAGCCUGUCCAACCUCAAUACGAAACCUGACGUCACCGCCGGUCGAAUCCACGGCCAGAUUUCCACUCCCUUCCGAGCCCGAUCCUUUUCCUCUCAUCUCUCCCCAACCUACUCAUUCCCCAGCCACCAACUUUCUCUCGCAUCCACUCCGACUCUCUCAACCCUGACCCGACCCAUGGAGCGCCCGACCCGGCCCUACGCCCCUGGCGGCCGCGAGGACUGCUGGAGCGACGACGCCACGUCAGUGCUGAUCACGGCAUGGGGGGACCGUUACCUCCGUCUCAACCGCGGCAACCUCCGCCAGAAGGACUGGACGGAAGUUACCGACGCCGUCAACUGCCGCGGCGACGGCGCCACUUUCAAGACUGACGGGCAGUGCAAGAACCGCGUCGAUACACUGAAGAAGAAGUACAAGCUCGAAAAGUCCAAGCCCUUCCCCUCCACCUGGAUCUUCUACGACACUCUCAACUCGCUCAUCGGAAUCCCACCCGCCUCCGCCGCCGCAAACGCCGCCGUUUUGACCAAACCCCAAAAGAAGCCGCUCGCGGUCUCCCUAACCCUCAAGUCCGCCGAUGACUUACCCAGUGCCACCGAGAGCGACGGCGAGGAUGAUGACGUGGAGGAGGGUUUAGGGUUGGCCGGUGGGGCUGCUUGCAGGGAAUUGGCUAGGGCAGUUUUGAAGUUUGGGGAGAUUUAUGAGAGGAUGGAAAGUUCAAAGCAGGAUCAGAUGGUUGAGCUGGAGAAGCAGAGGAUGGCUUUUACUAAGGAGCUUGAGGUGCAGAGGUUGAAUAUGUUUAUGGAUGCUCAAUUGGAGCUGGAGAAGAUCAAGAUGAAGAAGAAGAAGCGCCCCAAGUACUCGCAUUCUUCUGGGAAGAAAUUGUGAGAUGAGGUUGCAGGAGUGGCGAUUUAGCUGUCAAGUUUAUAUUUCCUCCAUGAUUUUAUCAUCCAGAGUUGCAGCUUUAGACAUUUGGAAGCAGAUAGGGCUAUGUUGUGUGUAGAUGAGUAGUUGCUUUACUACAGAGUUCUUGUACUAACAUCAUGCGAAUAUUAGUUCAGUAUCAUCAGCUUCCAUAUUACGUGCUCCCUGUGUUUAGCUCCCAUUUUGUUGGUUUUUUCCACCAAUGAACAAUUCUGGUUCGACUA